GCCACCGGGCUACCGGGCGCCCAUGGGCGAGACUGAGACGGGGAGCACCUCCCGGUGGGACCGAGCACCCGGGCAUCCCCGACAGCACCGAGCCCCCAGGUAAUGCUGAGCAGGCGAGCGUCCCCCGGUGUGCCGAGCCGCCGGGCAUCCCCACCGGCACCGAGCCCCGGGUGGUACCGAGCCACCGGGCAGCCCUGGGCGUUGUCGAGCGGGUGAGAACCCCUGGGAGUGCUGAGUUCUGAGUAGCACCGAGCCACCGGGCACCCCCCGGUGGUACCGAGCCCCGGGCAGUACAGAGGCGGUGAGUGCCCCAGCUGGUACUGAGCUCCGGGUGCCCAUGGGGGGCACUGAGCCACUGAGGACCCGAGAGCUCAGUGACACCGAGUCACUGGGCAUCCCUGGGUGCCACCGGGAUGGUGAACACACCUGGGUGCUGCUUUAGCCCCAGGUGAUGCUGGUGGCACAGAGCCCUGGGUGGCAUCCAGCUCAUGAGUCUCCUUCAGUGACACCAAGCUCUGGGUGUUCCCACGCCAGUGGCCAGCUCUGGUUGCCCCCAAGGCAAUGGGCACUGCUGGUGGCACCCAGCCCCUGGUGGCACCAAUCUGGUGGGCAGUUCUGGUGCUGCCAAUUUGCCAGUGGUACCCACCUGUGCUGAGCCUGAGUGCCCUCAGUAGCAUUGAACUCUGGUGGCAUCAAGCUGGUGGGUGGCACUCUCGGGGCUGUGGGUUUCCAUGGCAGGUGUCCCCUCUGGUGGGGAGCACUCCAGCCCACGCCCUCCCAUUGGUGCUGCCCGGGAGUUUUGCCGUCACCAGCGGGUCGCCGUCUGCCUCCAUCCUCUUCCCAACCUCCUCCAUUUUAGGUAUUUCCCAGCUUGGGGCUUCUCAGGGAGCAGGCGGCAGGGUCAGGAUCCUGGGGCCUCCCCCGUGGAAGUCCUGGGCCUGCUGGCCUGAGGCAGAUGGGCACGUGAUGGGCAAGGCUGGGGGUACAGAUGCUGCCUUGAUCCUGUCCUGCGGAUGGGAGAGGUGGGACCCCACCAGGCACGGAUGCCCCAGGAAGGGGGACUCUGUGUGCCCCUCUGCUGGCCUGGGCAGGGCCCCAUCCCCGCAGCCCUUGGCCCUGCCCAGGCCCGUCCCAGCCAGCGUCUCCCGUGGGAUGCUCUGAGUCAGCAGGAGUCUGUGCUCCAUCCUGCUCUCGGGGAGCCCCCAGCCUGAGUGGGGUGUCGGGGGUUCAAGCUCCCCACCCUUGGCAGCACUGCCAUCCCCAUGAAGAAUAUUCUGGUCUAUGCUGGGGCUCUGCUCCCCGUGUGAACCCCAGCUGCACCAGGGCCAACGUGGGGGCCAAGGUCUGCCUCCUAGCCCCUCUUUCCCAUCCCAGACGCUCGGGACCAAGCGUGUGCACACACGUGCAUGUUCAUGUGUGUGCACACGUGUGUACACGUGUGUGUGCCUGCACUGCUGCUCCACCCUGGCCUGGCCGCACUUGCUGUCGGCACAGCCGUGAGCUCGCGGCAUCCCCGGUGCCGCACCGGUACCGGGGCUGGGCCCCCUCCCCUCCCUGCCUGCCCCGUGCCCCCUGCCCCGGCCGCCACCCCCUGCCAGCACCGUGCCGGGGUGGGAGCGUCCGUGUCGUGUCCGAUCAGCGGCGAGGCGAGUGCCUGGGGCGAGGGGCUUUGUGCCUGGGCAGCGUGGCUGUACAAACGCCCCCGGCCGCGGUGGCCGAGCCCAUUCAGCUCCAGCGGCCUGUGGCUAAUCUGAGCUGAUGCCUGGCUGCGGGCGGUGUCCGGUCGGUGGCUGGGGAAAGCCCAGGUCCCCGCUCCGCUGGGGCAGGACGCAGCAGCUCACCCCUCCCGACGGACCCCCGGCUUCCCGGCUCGUCCUGCCCGGCAGGUUCCUGCGGGACGACUACUCCAUCCAGGUGGCCAUCAAUGACUACCUGGACAUCUACUGCCCGCACUACGAGGGGGCGGUGCCCAGCGGCCGGGCAGAGACCUUCACGCUCUUCAUGGUGGACCGGGAGGGCUACCGCGGCUGCUACGAGACCCCCGGCGCCUUCAAGCGCUGGGAGUGCAACCGGCCCCAGGCGCCCUUCGGGCCCGUCCGCUUCUCGGAGAAGAUCCAGCGUUUCACCCCCUUCUCACUCGGCUUCGAGUUCCAGCCGGGGGAGACCUACUACUACAUCUCCGUCCCCAGCCCCGAGAGCGCCGGGCGAUGCCUGAAGCUGCGCGUCACCGUCUGCUGCCGAGGCACCACGCCGGAGCCGCUGACAGAGGUGCCCAAUUCGCAGCCCCGAGGGCGCGGGGGCCCCGAGGAUGUGGUGCCUGCCCGGGGUACCGCGGUCCCAUCGCAGCCCUGCAAGCCGUGCCUGGCUCUCGUGCUCCUGGCCCUGCUCUGGAUGUGACCCCGGCGCUGCCCGUGGCGGGGGGAUGGGCUCCUCUGCCCCAACGCCGCUUCCAGACUCUUCCUCACAGCCAACCCCCCCAAGCCCGUGGGGCAGCCCCAGGCCAUGACCCGCCUGCUGGACCUCCGCAAAGCCGAGCUGGGGCCGGGAGCUCCGGGCUGGAAGGGACAUCGCUUGCCGCACAUCGGGAUCGCCACGAGUCAGCAUCGCCGCGCGCUGGGAUUGCCACACCCUGGCACUGCCCCAGCUGCCACCUGCCCCGGUGCUGGGGUCCCCUCAGUGAACGCCUGCUCCGCCCCAUGGCCACCUCAUCUCGUGCCUUUCCCCACGGAUCCCCGCCCCUGGGGCCCAGGGACCCCCAACCCCGGAAUGGGGCAGUAGCUCCGAUGGCGGCAUCCGCCGCUGCUGUGUCCUCCUCCAGCGAGGACACGCUGAUCUGUCUUCUGGGAAGACGCCUUCCUUCGUGCCCUCGAUUUGGUUUUAACCCCUGGUAGUGACUGAGCAAUACAGUAUUUGCAAGAUC